CUGUCUCUGCAGUCUACACGUACCCAGACCCAGAGCCAGAGAGCAGAGGGAAGAGAGAGGACAGAGCAGGCAGCGAGCGGCCCAACUGGAACGCGCCGCGCCAUCCACCCUCGCCAACUCCCAGCCGCGCGGAUCUCUCUUCCCGACUCCCGAGUCCCGAGCGGCCCACGCGCACCCAGAUAGACAGAGCCACCUCACCCCCACUUCGCCCUCCACUCCCGGUCUCCCGCACCGUGUCCGUGCCGACACCCAAGGCCCGCCAGGAAAGCGAAAGAGAGCGUCAGUCACGCACGCACCGAUGCCGGACGUGUCGCCGCUACUGCCGCCGGGGAAGCCACCGGCCACCACGGCGCGGUUCGCGCGGUGCGCGUCGAGCGCGAACGACGAGCUCCGCAGCUUCCGCGCCUGCCUGGCCUGGCUCUGCGUGGACCACUCCUCCUCCCCGCGCGUGGCGGCCGUGGGCUCCUGGGCGGUCUUCCUCCUCCUCGCCGUCGCCGCGCCCGCGGCCGUCCGCCUCCUGGGCACCGCUCCGCCGCGGCCCUUCGACGGGCAGGUCCAGGUCUCGCUCACCCUGGCCGCGUCGCUCGCCUACGUCUGCCUCCGCGCGCUCCUCCACCGCGCGGGGGGCCUCCGCCGCCUGCUCCACCUCGACAGCCUCCGCCGCGACUCCGAGGACGUGCAGGCGGGCUACGCCGCGCAGCUCGCGCGCUCCUUCCGCGUCCUCGCCUGCUUCGUGCUCCCCUGCGCCCUCGCCGAGGCCGCGUACAAGGCCUACUGGUACCGCGCCGCCGCCGCCGCGUACGGCUCCCCGUGGUGGUGGGCCGCCGCGGCCUGCGCCGUCGAGGUCGCCUCCUGGGUGUACCGCGUCGCGCUCUUCUUCAUGGUCUGCGUCCUCUUCCGGGUCAUCUGCUACCUGCAGAUCCUGCGGAUGGUCGGGUUCGCGCGCGAGUUCGGCAGGUUCGCCGACGUCGCCACCGUGCUGCAGCACCACCGCCGGAUCAGGGAGCAGCUCAGGAAGAUCAGUCACCGGUACCGCAAGUUCAUAGUCUGCAGCCUCGUGCUCGUCUCCGCCAGCCAGUUCGCCGCGCUACUCGCCACCACCAGGCCGCACGCCAUCGUCAAUCUCGCCACCGCAGGCGAGCUCGCGUUGUGCUCGGUCAGCCUUGUGGCGGGUCUGCUGAUGUGCCUGUACAGCGCGGCGAAGAUCACGCACAAGACGCAGGCGAUGACGAGCGUGGCGGCGGCGUGGCACGCGGACGCCACGGUGCACGCCUUCGACAACGACCAGGAGAACCCGGACCCGGACCUGCCGCCCACCGCGGGCUACCUGGCGCCCGCCAACGCCUACCGCGUGGCCGCCGGCGACGAGUCCGGCAGCGGCGGCGACGACGACGACGACAGCCGGAGCGAGUGCUCCUCGCUCGACGACCCAAAGUACGUGCCGUUCCAGGCCAACAACAUCAGCUUCCAGAAGAGGCAGGCGCUGGUGACGUACCUGGAGAACAACCGGGCGGGGAUCACGGUGUACGGCUUCGUGGUGGACCGGGCGUGGCUGCACGCGCUCUUCAUGAUCGAGUUCUCGCUCGUCAUGUGGCUGCUCGGGAAGACCGUCGGCAUCUCCUGAGCUCACGCACACCCUUCUUUUUGCCGGCUCUGGCUCCUGUCAGGUGCAGAGUUCUCAGCGGAGGAUUGUACAAAGUGAGUGCAGAUACAAGAUACUCUGAUCAUCUGAUGGAGAUCAGAACAGCUGCUUUGAUUUGUAGGUUCAUUUGACAGCUCGUAUGUUAGAUAUCGCAACUUCUAGUUCGUGUGUUUUGAUUUGUGCUUGUUUUUUUUUUCACUGCGUUGCUUCCUCCGGUAUGUCGGGGUUUUUUUUUUUUUUUUUUUGUAACUGACGCUUCAUAGACACAAGUGAUGCACGUGCUGUGGUGUGCUGUGAAAUGGAAUUUGCAAGGAAAAGAAAAGGCUCGGCUGAGUAAA